CACGAGCAGCCGUUAAAUUAGCCGUGCUGAGCUCAGUUCAGUGCAGAUCAGUUCAGAUCGGGUCAGAACCACUAACAGAACCGGAACCUGCAGUACCAGUCAGAUCACCAGCAGGCGGAGCAGCAACACCAACAUCUUCAGUACCAUCAACAACAAACCCGCGAGCAGCAGAAGCAGAGAUGUGGCUCGCAGUCGGGCUGGUUGCCCUGGUUCUGGUCGUUUUACUGAUCAAAAAUGUGUUCGGUUCAGGCGGACCGAGCCCGUUUGAUCACGACGCCCGGGAGCCGCUGAAACCGAUGGUCCAUGAUCCUAAGGAGAAGAACAAAGUGCUGAAACAAGGUUUUCUGGCCAGCAGAGUCCCCCAGAACCUCGAUGCUAUUGUUGUUGGCAGUGGAGUUGGUGGGCUGGGUGUUGCUGUUAUGAUGGCGAAGGUUGGAAAGAAGGUUUUGGUCCUUGAACAGCAUGAUCGUGCUGGAGGAUGCUGCCACACCUUCAUAGAGAAAGGCUUUGAGUUUGAUGUUGGUAUUCACUACAUUGGUGACCUGCUGGAGAACGGGCCUUUGCGAUGCAUAUCGGACCAAUUGACCAAUGGCCAGUUACAGUGGGACCCACUCGAUAACCCAUUUGAUCAGGUGGUUCUUGGGCCCCCGGAGAACCGCCGCAUUUACCCAAUCUACAGUGGCAAACACCGCUUUGCCCAGGAGCUGAAGAAGUGCUUCCCAGGAGAGGAGAAGGCCAUUGACGAAUACAUGAGAUUGGCUAAGAAAUGUAACUUUGGUGUGUGGAUGAUGGGUGUGUUGAAGUUUCUUCCCACUCCAAUUGCCAAGCUCAUGGUCUACACAGGGAUCGUUAAUCUUCUAUCCUACUUUUUCCGCUAUGGCACUCGCAGCCUGACUGAGGUGGUGAAUGGCCUCACUGAGAAUAAAGAUCUUAGGGCCGUGCUCUGCUACAUCUUUGGGACAUAUGGAAACAUACCAAAGGAUGCCAGUUUCUCCAUGCACAGUCUGCUCGUGUGCCACUAUCUGCCUGGUGCUUGGUACCCUAAGGGAGGGGCGAGCGAAAUUGCCUACCACAUGAUCCCAAUCAUAGAGAAGGCUGGUGGAGCCGUUCUGGUCAGAGCUCCAGUCAACCGUAUCCUCCUCAACGAUGCUAAGGAGGCCAUAGGGGUGAGUGUUAUGAAGGGUCAUGAGGAGGUGCACAUUCACGCUCCCAUGGUCAUCUCGGAUGCUGGAAUCUACAACACCUACCAGAAGCUCCUGCCCAAAGAGGUGCAGGCAACAUCAGCGAUCCAGAAGCAGCUGAAUAUGUUGAAACAUGGAGAGGGUGGGCUCAGCAUCUUCCUGGGACUUGAUGGAACAAAAGAAGAGUUGGGUCUUGAAGCCAAAAACUACUGGAUAUUUACUGAGAACAACCUUGAUGAGCUGAUGGAGGGCUACACAAAAAAGGACAGAGAGCAAGGAAUGAAGAAUAUACCUCUGGUUUUUAUUGCCUCGCCAUCUGCCAAAGACUCUACCUGGGAGGAGAGAAUGCCUGGUAAAUCCACGCUGACUAUGGUGAGCUUUGCCCCCUACUCCUGGUUCGAGGAAUGGAAAGAUGACAAGGUGACCAACAGGUCAGCUGACUAUAAGGAACUAAAGGAGAGUCUCAUACAGUCCAUUUUGGAAGUGGUGUAUCAGCUGUACCCCAAGACCAAGGAUAAGAUCGAGUACAUGGAUGCAGGCACUCCCCUCACUAACCAGCACUACAUAGCAGCUCCUAAAGGAGAGAUCUAUGGAGUUGACCACGGCACUGCUCGCUUCAGUUCAGAAUACUGCAUCUCCAUGAGACCACAGACGCCCGUCAAGAAUCUGUACCUCACAGGCCAAGAUUUGUUCUCCUGUGGUUAUGCUGGCGCCUUGGCUGGCGCAAUGAUCUGCGGCUCUACGAUCCUCAACCGCAACCUGUACCUGGACGUCAUGAAGCUCUGCAGGAAACGCAAAUAUGCUAAAAAGAAGCCCCAGUAAUCAAACAACUCGCACUCACACACUGUGGAGCACUGCAACAGUGGAAAGAUGCAUUUGAAUCCAGCUGAGCUUCAGUUCUGAUUGGUGCCGUGGACCUUCAAACAAGUAAAAGGGAAGGGUGAAGUUGUAUUUUUUUUUCUAGUAUAUUUAUACUAGAACUCGCUAACUGACUGAAACUUUUAUAUGGAAUCCACGUUAUAUAACCAUAACAUAAUGUUUUUUAAUAUUGAAUUAGUGCUGCCUUACAAAUUGUAACCAAACAAAAGGAUUCCUGUAUGUGCACUGUUUAAUUACACACAAAGUGUGUGUAUCAGAAUUAUGGCACUUUAUUCCUUAUGUAGGUAAACCUGCUACAUACAAUGUAAUAUUGUAGAACCUCAAUAAAUUUAUCAGAUUCCUGGUAGACUAGUCACAUGUAGAAAAAAAAGUGGUUUUCUCUCUACUCCAAAUGUAGCGCACAAAGAAUGCCUUUCCAAUUUAACUGUUGAGUUCAAACCGGUCCUAUUUAAUACAUAAAAAACACUUAAGUCUGCAGAGCUGUGGUCUGAAAUCAACCCAGUUUUGACACCUUUGGUACAAAUGUACAAAACAAUGUACUCAAACACAGAAAACCACACAGCAAUUUAUUUACAUUAAUCUGCAUUAAAAGUACUCUUCCACAUGUUCGGUGCAAUUACACAUUCUGACCAGAGAGGUAUAUAGACUGUUGCUUUAAUUGUGUGUUUUAUCUCCACUACACCUGAUAAUGAGUAAGAAGCUUUGAAGUAGCUGUUAUUUCUUUACUUCUUUGGAAAUGCUUUGUUAGAAUGACAAGUGUGUGUUGUUUUAUAAUUUAAAUAUGUACAGUAUGGCCUAAACAAAUAUGAUCUAAGCUUUUCAGUCAUGGAUGUUUGGGAAUGUGCUGUGAGUGUUGCAGCGUGUUUAUAACUGAGGUAUUUUUAAACACAUUCUUUGUGCUGCAGUUACAUAGAAUUUACACUGUGCCUUGUGGUUGUUUUUGUUUAUUUGGCAGAUUAAUAAACUGUCUUUUAUG